AUGGCGGUUUCUCCAUAUCUCCGAAUCUGUCAGUUCUCAUGUUUCUUUAUUGCCAUUAUUGCCAAUACCGUACUCCUUUAUCUGAUCAAGAUCCGAGCUGGAUCCUCGUUCGGAAGAUAUCGAAUCAUGAUGAUUUCAUUUUCGUUGUACGCUAUAAUCUACGCAACAAUUGAGAUUCUAACUCUACCGGUGAUGCAUUUACAUGGAUCUGGAAUUCUGUUCUACGUAAAUAGCAUUCUGAAGCAUCAUAUAACCGCCGGUGUUUUGAUGUCAACGCUGUAUUGCGGCUCAUUUGCAUUCUGUAUCUCCAUGCUCGCCACCCACUUCAUUUUUCGUUACAUUGCGGUUUGCAGAAACAACAAACUCUACUACUUCGAAGGAAACAAAGUAUACCUCUGGUUACUCCCUCCAGCUAUUCUUUUCACUAUUUGGGGAUCCUCUAUUUUUUUCAAUUUUGGACCGAAUCAGCUCAAAAGAGACUAUUUUCGUAAUGUAACAAUGCAAUUAUAUGACGAAGAUAUUGACAAAGUUGCCUUUAUUGCGCCAUUGUACUAUGUUCAUGGAGAAGAUGGAGGUCGUAUUUUUCAGUUUCCAGAUUUGUUUGGAGCAUUUUUGAGUUGCAAUAUUAUGAGUCUCUGCUUCACAACCUGUCUUGUUUGCGCCUAUAAAACUUACAAAAAACUGAACGACUUCUCAACUCAAAUGAGCAAGCGAACCCGUGCUCUCAACAAACAACUAUUCUGGACCCUUGGUCUCCAAACCCUUCUCCCUUGCUUCACACAGUACAUGCCAGUUGGUCUUAUAUUCAUUCUUCCACUUUUUGAAAUCGAAGUUGGAAAAGCUGGAAAUCUAGUUGGUGUCACUUGUUGCCUAUAUCCUGCUAUGGAUCCUCUAAUUGCACUUUUUAUGAUUGAUCGCUUUCGAAAUUACAUACUCGGAAAGGAAUCCCCAUCAACUACGAAGAGCUCAAAAGUGUCUGCUGUUAACUCGGAUAAUCAUUCUUCAACUGGUAAAAAAUAA